AUGAGUGAUAUUUACAAAACAAAUAUAAAAAAGAUACAGCCAAAUAAAUAUAGCUACAAGCUUAUUCUUUACAAUGAUAAUAAGAAAGUAAAUGAAUUAAGAAACAUGGAUCCUAGGUAUGUUAAAAAACAGAAGAAACCUAAAAAACCUCCAACUACAAAAAUGCAGAAACAGCAGAAAGCCCACCCUGAUCAUUUCUUUACAACACCUUUGCCGAUGUCAGACAACAAAUUUAACAAGUUUCUUGAAGAUAACAACAUUGACGUUCAAUCCGUUACUGCCCCAUUGCCGAAUUAUAUUCCCUUUUCUACACAUGUGAUGCACAUUGUAUCAAAUUUAAAGCCAUACAAGAAUAAUAUAGGCAACACCAAAAAUAGAAAACAUGGGGCGAAACAAAAUAAUAAUUUCUUUUAUAUACAACAUGAAAGGAGGAAAAGAGAUAAGAUUUCGAAAAAAAAUAAAUCAUCAACGUUGGGUGCAAAACCAGUUGUAAAACCGGAAAUAACAUUUACACCUAAAAAUAAAAUAUCUAUAAAAAACUAUAGCGAUGUGAAACGAAGUAUAAAACAAUUUCAAAGCUUUACUGCGCAUGAUGUAUCUGCUUUAGAAAUAAUUGUUGACUUAAAAAAGUCUUCAGAUUUAAAUGAAAAUGAAAAUCAAGGAGCUACAUCGGAACGUACAGUAAACGCUGUAGUUGUAGGUGAAAAACCAAAAAUAACAAAUGCCAUUCAAGUUCAUAUAGCUUUACCGGAUUUUUAUAGUGAAACUAUCAAAAGAUCACCAGAGUCGCUUCAGGUCAAAAAAGUUUUCUCGGCUAAAAUGGCCUCACCAAUUGAUAUAGUAUAUCAGGUGCACACGUUUGAAAAAACAACAGUUCCUUCCACUACUAUUGAAGAGAAUAAAUUAUCUCCAGGCUUAUAUUUAUUAGUAGAAAACUCAAAUAUGUCUGAUCCUACAGCACAAUUAAUUUUGAAGCCAAUGAAAAUGGAUCCAAAUAGCUUAAAUCUGGACAUUACAACAAAUGAAAGCGUAUCUGAACCUCAAACAACUACUUCCUAUACUAAUGAUGACAAAGUUAAUAGUUUUGUAGAAUGUAAACAUAAAAGGAGCAUUAAUUGGGAUUCAAUAAAAAGACUUUUUGGACACGAUAGAGUUUGUAGGUGUCGCUGUAAAGCAAAUCAGACAAUGUGCAAAGCUUGUGCUGCAAGUGAUGCUGUUAUAUCUGAAUUGAUAUUUGAAUUUGACAACCUAGCAAAAUACAUGAGAGACCAUUGUACUGAAAUACAAACCUUCUUUUGGAUGAACCCGACAGGUGGUAAAAAAUUAAGGGAAUCAGUUAGUAGGAUUAAUAAGUCCUUAAAUGAUUAUUACAAGAGAGUAAAGGGGAAAUGCAAUGGAAGGACAUGUAAAAUGUUUUCAUCAGGUAUUGACAAAAGAAGCAUUCUUCAUGAAUUUACGGAACACGACAACAAUGGGUCACCCUUUCUAAUGAAUUUUUUGAAUAUUGCUAACGAUUUAGAAAAUGUUAACGCGUUAGGAUUGUUAUACGAUGAAGCGUUUGAAAAACAUGGACAAUUACUUCAAAACUCAAUUGAUAGCUGUUUGUCACGAGUGUUAGUAAAAAGAUCGGGCGUUGAAAAGGUGUAUUCUCUUGAUAAAAUAAAUAUCAAUUUAAUAUGUGAUCCUAGUACAGAAAGGGGCACAUUAAAUAAGACUGUAUUACACAGUUUAAAAAAUAACGCAAAAUUAUUAAACAAUGUUGAUUCUAAUAACUUUUUAAAUAAUGAUGUGAUAACCUUUAAAGGAGAAAAAAGAAAACGAUUAAAGGAUUUUGUGAGGCACCGAUUUCAGUCAAAACUGUCGAAGGAAAGUUUUCAGGAUGUGAGCAGUAACAAUAUAAUAUCAAAUUUUAACAAAAAAAAUAAUUCAAUAAAUUUCCGACAACGACGGAAAACAAAACCUAUAGUAAAUGUAUUAUUAUUGAAAAAUGAUCCUUCUGACAGUCCAAAUAGAAAUGUAAAACAUGAUACUGUAAGAAGUUUGACCACCGUAAAUCAGUAUAAUUUUAGCGAUCACGACUCACUAGUACAUAGCAUGGGCAAAUUAUUUAAAUUACUAGGCAAUCCUGAUAUUAAGGCCUCCACUUCCAGACAUAAGAACAAUAAAAGUUCCCCUAAAACUAUACAUAAAUUAACAACGAAUAAUACGAAACAUGCUGGCCGAAAUAAAUCUACCACAAAGGUAUUGCACACUACAAAACACAAUAAACCAAGUGCUGCAUCUAAAGCGAUUUAUAAGACUGAAAAAAAUGAAAUAAUAAAUACUGUUAUGGGCGUAACAAAGCAUUUUUUGAAUAAAUUAAAAUAUAAAACGCAUGCGACGGAACAUUCUGAACGACAUAUAAGAAAUGUUACCAUAGAUACGUAUAACGAACCAACUGAUUUGAAUUCACAUAAAAUUUCAAGUGUGACAGAUAGAGAUAAUCCUACAAUAAUAAUAUUGGAUGAAAAUUUGGAGCACGUUGGCGAGUCUAAAAAGGACCAAAUUAAUGAUGAUGAUUUGAGAAGUCUUCUCUUUUCAGUUUUAAAUUAUAACUCUAAAGUUUUAAAUGAUGAAUGGGUUCGAGCAGCUAAUUCUGAAGCGACUGCCGGUAUACAAAAAAGCAAAGUCUUAUCCAUCUCUAAGAAGUCGGUAAAUAAUACUAAAAAAGGAUUUGUUAAUAAACUUGCGGAUAAAUUUUUAUGGAGUAGAAAUGGCGAUAAGAAAAAAGAACGGUUUCAAGGACACAGAAUAUCGACACCGUUUAGAAAAAUCGAUACAAGUAAGGAUAAAACAACAGAUUUGUCCAAAUUUAUAUCCCUACCUACUUUUACCACCAAGUCAACAUCAAAGAGAUCGGCGGCAGAAACAUAACUAUCUGCGAUAUAUCGUCCACUUUAGGCCAUAUCUUAAAUGCACAGAAGACUAUGACCAAACCAGACUUUGAAACAUAUAUGAAGAAUAUCAAUUGCUACAAAUAUAGUGUUGUGC